AUCGAGAAAUUUUUUUUAGUUACUAUCAAAUUUUUUUAAGAAUUUACUCAAGCCCCUCAAGCCCAAUAAACCUUCGUGCAAACUGAAAAUGUUUAUUCAUUGACAAAGCUGAACGAUAUUACAGUGCACCAUAUGUAAACUUUGUAAAAUAGUUUGUGAACGUGAACAGUUGUUUAGGGCUGUUGGGGUCUCCGCAUCUCAUCUGUCGUCUGUCGGUGAUUGCCGUGCUGGAUUUGGUUAAAGUUUGUGAUUAAUAAUGGAUGAAGACUUACCAAUCGAUAUACAUUAUAACAAAUUGCAAGAUUGGUUGUUGAGCAGGCGUCAUUGUCAACCAGCCUGGCAGGAUGCAGUGUUGAAGGUCCGCCAGCAAAUCAAUCUGGCCAUCCAGGACAUGCCAGCAGUUGAUAGCAUCACACAACUUCUUCAAGGAACUUAUAUUAAUUAUUUCCACUGCAAAGAAAUUGUUGAAAUAUUGAAGAAGACUGAAGGAAGUUCAAAGAAAAUUUUUGGUUUCAUAUUUUCCUAAAGAAUAACAAGAUCAUAAAGUGUAAUGAAAAGACAACAUUUAUUUUAAUUGAAGCAGUCAACUAAUUGACGAGGUUUGUCAACUAUGACAUCCCUGCAUUGAAGAAACACUUUCAAAAACCAACCAAGCAACAUCAGGAGUAUGGGAAGAAGGAAGUGGAGUGUCACAAGAACAGUUUGGAGAUGAGAGAAAAAUAUAACAAAGCAUGCAAAAAUCUUGGCAUUGCUGGGAGGUCCUUGAAGAAGGAACUGUGUGGACUCCUCUCCAUCCUGUCAGAUUUUUACAAUGAGAUUGUUGCUGAUGUCACUGGGCUGAACAAGGAAGUGGAUUUCUAUUCAAAUUUUGUCAGCUUCCUAUCAAAUGGAUCUGUGACAGGAGAAGGAAGACUGAAGAUGCUGAGAUAUGUUUCACUGAAGGGUAACACGACUGUCUAUGAAUGGAAACGCGGAGUGGCACCUGAAAGAAUUCUUAAAGUGCAGUUGGAUUUCGGAAAUGAUGGCUUUGACGGGGACCUUGUAGAUGGAAAAACUGAUGAGAUUGACUGGGGCAACAUUGACUUCUGCUCUGAUGCGGACAUUCAGACAGUGCCUCAAGAAAGAGUUGAAGCAGUGGCGUCAGAAAUAGAUUGGGGCAUUGAAGAUGUUGCCGUAGUUGAUCAAUCAAUCCAAGAUGCUGGAUCUGGUGAUGCUAAUGCGGAAAUGGAUUCAGUGGCUCGUGGGAAUGAUUCUCUGAGUAUGAUAGAAUACAUCACAACAAGAAAUUUGCUUCUUGAUGAUUUGCAUGAGUUGGAGGCAUUCCUGAUGCAACGUAGACACGAGAUGAAGGCGUCGUCGUCCUCAUCCAACUUUCUCUCUGACUACAUCCUUCAGUCUGCUCCAGCAUUGUUGCAUGUUGAUGAGAAAAAUGUUGAAAUCAUGUUGACAAACGUUCAAAACAUCAUCAACAAAUUUUCUGAAUCUAAGAUCAAAGAAUUGUUUUUGAUUUUAAGCUUUCCAAGACAUGUGGAUAAGAUAGUUGAAAAUUUGACGAAGAUGUCUUCUGAUAGUGAAAAGUUUGAAGCUCAAUCUAAAAUCAUGGUAGUCAGACAAGAUGAAGCAAUUCAGCAAAAAUCUUCUUUGGAACCAAAACUUGAAAUCAUGAGAAAAAAGACAAAAAUCCUAAAGCAACAGAUUGAGAAAGAAAUAUCUUUGAAAUACAAAAACAGAAAAGUGAACAUAAUGGGAGAAAUCAAUACUGUUGCUAACGUCGAUGAGGUCAAACUUUUUGUUGAUUUCCAAAAUCGUUCUCCGGCUAAUUUUAUUGAAUUCAAAAUUCACAACUUAGUUCAUUCUAAGAAGUCUCUAUUUCUUGGCAGCCAACUCAAAAGCCAAAACAACAAUAAAUAUUUGAACAUUAAGAUAACAGAUGUUGUGAAACCUAGGGAAGAACUGAAAGUUAAUUUGGAAAACCAACAGAAAUCAUUCAAAAGACAAGUCUAUAGGAAAAUUAGUAGUAAGACAAAUAAUCAAGACUCAUCAGUGAGUACAGAGGAAAGUUUUCAUAGAAGCUAUAAAGUUAAUGAAGAUUUGAACUAUGCAUUUAAUAGUGUUGGCAGUUCAAAAAUUACUUCAAAUAAACAUUCUGUUACCUCAUCCUAUGAUGACAAAAAGUAUGCUGAAACAACUUUGGAUAGUGAUGUUAUCAUUAAUGCAAAUAAUCUGGCUGCCAAUAGUUGCAUUGUUGAUACCAAUGCUGUCGAAGACAGCAGCCAAAUUAACAAGGAAGUUCAUGUUAGCAAUCAGACAUUUUUGGAUUUUGCUCAAAGAAGUGAUAACAAACUACUUCCAAACAACACAUUCUGUGAAGAAAAUACAAGUGUUGCAAUUAAAGAUAAACUUUUCAAUAAUAAAAAUACUGAAUCUCUAUCUCCUAGUCAUCAACCUACCUCCAAGCAACAAAAUGAAAUUCAAGACAUACAGCCACAGAAAGAACUACAACAGCCACAGCUUAAACAACUGCCAGCUAAAACUAAUUUCAAGAAUCAGCAACGUCAUCUGGAGCAUCAACCACCAAAACAACAACAACAACAUCGACUGCAACAUAAACGACAGCAAGAAUUAAAACAACAUCACCAUGAACUUCCAUCCAUUCAGAAAUUGAAGUUAAGUGAAGAGGAAAUAACAAGACGCAAAAAAUUAGUUGAAGAGCAGAAACGUCGCCACAGAAAGUUGUUCAGACAUGGCAAUCAUAUCAUACAACACAACAUUAACAUGACUGAUGUGUACACUCCUGUUAAAAAGAGGCUGAUUGACGAAGAAGAUGCUAAAGAUCUGAUAAGACAGCAGAAAUUGAAGCGAAGAACGCAGAUGAAGAUGGAUGAAAAAGCGAUGAAAGAGAGAGAGGAAAGUAUUAAAAAUAAUUUAAACAAAAUAAAACAAGAACAACUGGAGAUCAUAAAAUCUUGCAAAAAAGUUAACCAUCCAUCUCAUAUUUCUAACUGCUAUUCAAUGUCAUCUGAAAAUGGUUUUUCAAACGUUCUUUCAGGAGGAAGAAAGAACAUGAGACGCGCCAAUAAUAACUCUGCUAAUGAUAAUGCCAUCAAAAGAAGAGGUCGUGAUCUAAAGGAUGACUACAACGAUUGCAGUUACGAUGAAUGUGACGACGAAGAUGAUGAUGAUGAGGAAGAGGAGGAGGAGGAGGAUGUUAUUGACACGGACAUUGCUGCCAACAAGGAAACCUGUGAGCAGAGGGCAGCAUCAGCUGAUAACGGUCGGUACAUUCAAUUUCAACUGAAGGACACUGAAAAAGAACAACACUCUCAACAACAUCAACAACAAAACUUUCAACAUUCACAACAACAACAGAUACAGCAACAACAAAUGCAACAGCAACAACAGAAUUCUCAGCUAAUUAACAAUGCCUUCGCACAAAGACUUAAUGAAUUGAAGCAGGUCUCUAGACACAUCAACAGCACGUUGAGUGGUCCAACAUGGCAAUUUGUUUCAAAACAAAAAGAACAAAAUUCGCUUAAAGAUGCACAAGGUACCAAUGAUAACAAAAAUGAUGAUGAUGACGACGAAGAAGGUAUUAAAAGUGAGGAAGAUGAUGACGAGCUCAGAGAAAGAGUUAACAUUUUGAUGAAACGCUAUCAUUUGGGCUUAUUGAAUGCCAAUGUCGAAAAUGAUGAUGCGAAAGUGAGUGAUGCUGUUAAUAAUGGUGAUGAUAACUGCCAGGACAACAAAGAAAAAGAUGGUGGUAGUGGAGGUGAUGAUGUUAACAAUGAUGAAUCUGAUGAUGAUGCCAAAUUUAUGACAAACGUUAGUGGCAUUGGAUUGAGAUCGCACAAUGAUUUUAAAAGGCAGCACGACGAACCUGUUAAUUACAAUGCAAAUGAUAAUGCCGAUGGAGACGAAGGUGGGACUGAGGUUGAGAAACAUUAUUACGAUGGGCUGUAUUUCAGGGAUGGUGGUGCAAGUGGCGGUUUCGGCGAUUGCGAUGAUGGCGCUGAUAAAAAUGAUGACGAUGUCAUUUACCAACAACAACAGCAACUACACAAAAUUCAAGUGCAGUAUCAAAAAAAUGUAUUCAACAAUCAGCAAGUUCAACAACAAGAACAACAAUUACAACCGGAACAUCUGCAACAGCAAGCGCAACAGCAGCAACAGCAUCAUCUGGUGCUCGGUGCGAAUGAACUUGGUGGUCGGUUGAGGAUGGAACUGAAUUUGUUAAAUGUUUUUGACGCAACAUGUGAACAGCUGAACAAGAUGGAGAUGUUGAAAGUUGAGGAGAGGGCACAUCAACAGAAUGUUGCCCUCAACAGACUAUUCGAGAUAACAAAUCAGUUGUGUUCUCUGGAGCUUAAAAAAGUGUUAGCAGCGGCACUGAAUGAUGUCAGCCAGGUUGGCGCUCAUGAUUCUAACAUCUUCAAUGAGGGCAGGAAGAUUAACAGAGCCAGAUCAUAUGACAACAACGACGUUAGUCUCAAUAUAAAAAAUAGAAACUCUGAAAUCCACGACAAAAAUAAUGACGACGACGACAACAACAACAACAAUGUGAGCAAAGACAGCAGAAUCAUAAAUUUUGCAGAUACAAACUAUUUAAAUAUUGGCAAUGUUCACCAUAUGGUUAACACUGAACGCCAAUUCAACAGUGAGCAGCAGAAUGUUGAAGGUUUCGCAACAAACAUGCAAGCAAGUAAAUUUCUUCGACUAAACGAGCGGCGUGGAGAGCUAAUGCAGCAGACACAACAGCCACCGCAGCCAGAAACAUCUCAUAAAAUGUCGGUAGGCUUCACUGAUGCACGUUCAGCAUUAUUUCGCCCUCCAUCUCCAAUCUUUGAAACUUCAUCAACACCAACAUCAUCAUCAUCACCCAAACAUUCGCCAUCAUCAUCACCACCAAAAAUGAGGCCACUAUCUCCAAUAAUGAUGUCAUCACCACCACUUAAGAUUUCAUCUUCACCAAUGAUCAUGUCAUCGCCACCAUUAUUGACAUCAUCGCCACCAAAAAUGACGUCAUCGCCACCAAUAAGGAUGUCAUCACCACCAGUAAUGAGAACACCAUCACCAAUAAUGACGUCAUUAUCACCUAUAAUAAUGUCACCAAUAUUAUCAAAACAAUCGGUCUCACCAAAUAAUCUUCAUUCAGCAUUACCAUCACAUCAUGUAACAAAUUUAGCUUCAGCGUCCACAUUAUUAUCAACUAAAAUUUUACCCCAAUCUGAUAAGCUGAAUGAUGUUAAUUCACCAUCACAAUCGUCAUCUUUUUCAAUGUCAUCGUCAAUAUCUGAUGAAGCAAAUGUAGACAUGAACAAAAACAUUUCGUCAUUUUCAAAAGCAUCAUCAUCGUCGUUGUCGUCAUCAUCUCAUCAGUCCACACUAACCAACACUGGCUUUCAACAGUUGAACAAUGCUUCCUCACUUGUUAAUAACAAUAAAACGGAAGAACAUAAAAAACAGCAAAUGUCUACCCGUGGUUCAGUUGAUAAUAGCUGUAAAGGAAGCAAUAAUGAUGAUAUAAUUGAUGAUAGGAACGAUGAUUUGAUGUCGCCGAACAUCCUCAACAUGAUCAGUGCAAGAACCUUGGACGACAUAACUGAAAACAUUUUGAUAGAUGAUGACGAUAAAAAUGAUAAUGAUGAUGGCAAUCGCAAUCUAAUAAGUAUCGACAAUGCUGGUGGUAAUGCACCAUUCAACGUAAGCUCUGGUGAGGACUGUGUUCAUGAUAUCAACACCAUUCUUGAGACAGGUGAAGGAAUGACUACAAAACAUUACCAAAUCCUUCAUGAUGAUAAGUUAUUUGCUGCUGAUAAGUUUAUUAAAGAUCAAGAUUAUUUUGGGGACGAUUACAAAAAUGAUUACAAUUUUGAUGAUGAUGGUGAUGAUAAUGAUGAUGAUGAUGAUGAUGAUGAUGAUGAUGACUAUGAAAGUGAAAGUGAAAACAAAGACAUUGGUAAACUACGUGGCGUCACAACUGCUCAUCAUACAGAACGGUCGCUGACUUCUUCGCACUCCUUAUCUUCCUCGUCGUUGACUUGA